UGGGAAACGUGUACGACCAAGCUUUAAUCAAUACGGUAGCUUGGUAUUAGAGGUGGUCGCCACAAGUUCCAGUGGUCCAACAGCUAGGUUCCCCGAUCAACAACACAUUGGAGAGCAGCCUGGGGAGCUUUCAGAUUACCCCUCCCCCUCGCUGACGACAUAGCCAGAACCCCACCGAAGCUAAGUGUGAGCCCCACCGGCCCUGAAGAAUCUCACCUAAAGCUUCAAGCAGAAGUGUUUACCCUGCCCUUUGUUGACAAAAAAGUUCUUUCUUUCCCGAUCAUCUCGACAUUUCUUCAAAGCCUCUUACACCACACAUUUCUGAAAAAAAUUAGACAAAAUGGGUGUUACUAAGACCACAACGCAGGAGGGCUUCGGUCCCAGCCCCCAGGUGGGCCAGACCGUCAUCAUUGAGUACACUGGAUUCCUCAAGGACACCUCCAAGCCCGACAACAAGGGAGACCAGUUUGACUCUUCCGUUGGCAGGGGCGAUUUCUCGACUCCCAUCGGUGUUCAGCGUGUCAUCAAGGGCUGGGACGAGGGUGUGCUCACCAUGAAAGUUGGUGAGAAGGCCACUCUGGACAUAACCGCUGACUACGGCUACGGAGCCCGUGGCUUUCCCGGUGCCAUCCCGCCUAACUCGGACCUCAUCUUCGAUGUCUACCUGAAGAACGUCUUAUAGAGGUUGGAUCCAUGACUGGAUUUGCAAUACUGCGACAAGGGACACAUGUAUAGAGGAACGGCAACUAUUUAGGGUUUUUAGGUAGUUAAUCCGAUUCUAUCAUGUUGGGUGGGGGAUGCAGGACGGGACUAAUGUUCUUGGCUUGCUGAAACCAAAACGUGGUAGAACACAGAACCCGGAAUAAAGGAGAUUUACAAACUAUACGUCGCAGGUUUCCUGAUUAGCGUCAUCGAUGCGCCGUGCAUAACUGCAGGCAGUAGCUGUAUGGCGUAUAUCGUUACUUCUUUACAGUCUUGAGUCUUUUGCCGAUCCAUGCAUGUCACAAUAUUCGAGUUCUGAGAAAAUUUGCGUUCAAAAACCCGCAGUUUUCACGCCACAUAGGCGCCACGUGGUUAAAACCAAUGUAUGCAGACUUGGGUUACUGUGUGAUAAAAAAUUUCAUCGGGAUAUAUUGUGUGUAUAAUGCUUUCAUGUUAGAUGUUUGAAUGGAG